CGCGAUCAAACAUGAUGCCUGGAAAAGGAAACAACCCGAACGGCUACGGCUACGGCAAAAACCCAUACAGUGACACGAACGGCUCUUCCGGCCGCUCCUACUCUCCAGCCGACGCAAUGGCUUACAUGGCCGCCCGCGCCGCCGCCAACCGCUCCGCCUACGGUCACGGCGUCAACCGCGGCCCGACCUACGGAGACACCUACGGCCCAAACUCAGCCACCGCGAUGGGCUUCGGCUACGGCAGUCGCCCUCCCACCAACACUUACGAUGCUGGCAGGACGACCUGGGCCGACGGCCCGUACUACCCAUCCGGCUCCCCCAGCACGGACGCCCUGCGCGGCGCGGCGGACAUGGCUGCCACGGCGGCGCGGCGGGCACGAAACCCGAAUGGGUAUAUCCCCGGCGGCGGCGGCAGCGGCAGCGGCCCGAGCAGUGGGUUCGGGGGCGGCUGGGGAGGCCCCAACGGUCCCGUCCCGAUGGGCAUGGCGGGCUCGGGCUGGCCCGGCACCAAGCCCGGCACGUCUUACGGUCCAUCUCGUGACGUAAAAGGAGACAACAUGGCGGAUGGGCAUGGGGACGACAACGAGCACGGAAACAGCAAUGCAUGGGGCCAUGGGGGAUUCAACGGUAACGCCUGGGGCCAUGGCGGCAGUGGCAAUGGCCAAAACCCUGGGUUCUAAGAGGCUGUAAGUUGCUGUGGUAGGCCGUCUGGUAUGACAUCGCCGAGGGAAGCCACAAAAAGCGCGAUCAUUGAUGG